UAUCUCUAUUAUGACAGCUUUCAAAAAUAGUUUCUUCUCUUUCACUCUCUGUGUAGUCCAAAAAGCAAACCGCCGCCAUGUAUGAACAUUAAACCUCUUCUUCCCAUUUUUCCCUUCUUCAAGAAAUUUCUUUUUUCCUCUUUACGGGAACACAACAAUUCCCAAAAAUACUACAAUUUUUUUCCUAGCUUUGGGAAUCGUUAAUUAAUUAAAUUUUCUAGUGUGAAAAUUAGCACUUAGCUUUCAAAUUUAGUAAGCUAAAAAAGAGCUGAAAACACAUGUAAAUUUCAAGUUCUGUUAGCUAAGAAAAUGGCAGAAAUGGAAAUAUCUUCAUCAAUGGCAGAAACAGUUGCACAAAAUAAUUUUCCAGUAAAGAGAAAAAGGAAUCUCCCUGGAAAUCCUGAUCCAGAAGCAGAAGUGAUAGCACUAUCACCAAAAACUCUAAUGGCAACGAAUCGUUUCGUAUGUGAAAUUUGCAACAAAGGUUUUCAAAGAGAUCAAAAUUUACAGCUCCAUAGAAGAGGUCACAACUUACCAUGGAAACUCCGUCAACGAACAAGUAACGAAGUGAAAAAACGUGUUUACGUUUGUCCAGAAUUAACGUGUGUUCAUCAUGAUCCUUGUAGAGCAUUAGGUGAUCUUACUGGAAUUAAGAAGCAUUUCAGUAGAAAACAUGGUGAAAAAAAGUUCAAAUGUGAACGCUGCACCAAAAAAUAUGCUGUUCAGUCUGAUUGGAAAGCACAUAUGAAGACUUGUGGCAGUAGAGAAUAUCGUUGUGAUUGUGGAACUUUGUUUUCCAGGAGGGAUAGCUUCAUAACGCAUAGAGCAUUUUGUGAUGCAUUGGCUCAAGAAAGUGCAAGGUCUAAUCAACCAUUAAUGGGGAUUACCAAUGUUGAAGGAGAUCAUUUGAAGGUUGUUGAUGAAGGUGUUAGCAAAACGGCAUCGUCUUCGUUAUCUAGUCCACCACCACAACCUUUAACUCCAUCAACUGGGGUUCUUUCUCCAGUCCUGUCCAUUCAAAGCUCAGAUUUGCCUGCAGAGAAUCAAAAUCAUGGUGGAGUACAAUUACAACAAGCACAAGGUACGAGAAUGCCGGUUUCGACCACCCAUGUCACUACAAUUUCUACUGCUACUGCUAGUAGUACUGGUCCUAGUAGUAGCAAGGUGUUUGCUAGCGUAUUUCAAUUGUCGUCAGCUGAUCAGCAUGCACACUCGUCUUACUCGGAUAUUCUACGUGCUAUUGAGACCGAGCGGAUGACGAAUGUGGAGCCAAUGUCGCUCUCAUUAUCGUCUUCGUUUUACUUGUCCAAUAAUGGGCCAACUUUGUUCCAAGAACACACAGGGAAUGGUCAGUGUUAUGGUUCAACAACAUUGCAACCAGCAUUAUCUGCAACUGCAUUACUUCAAAAAGCUGCCCAAAUGGGGUCUACAACCUCAAACAACUCGUUUCUUCGUGGCUUUGGAUUGGCAAUGUCAUUGAGUACCUCUGCACCGGAUGAGAAUUCACUUGCCACGAGGACUAAUGCUCUCCGACAGGUGAAACUAGAGAACAACAUUGCAGAUGUACCGCCCAUGCUUGGGAUACAACAUCCUUCUAAUGGUCCUUCUGGGUUGACCGACUUGAUGAUGGGUCCAUCGAUAUCUCAUCAGUCUAUGAUGUUCGGAAGCAAGCCUCCAACUCUUGAUUUUCUUGGUUUAGGAAAUGGUGCAAUUGUUGCUCCAUCGAACGGGUUCUCAGCUUUUUUAAGAUCAAUGGAAGGUGGAUUUGGUGUUGUGCCAGAGCCUUGGGAUGAUCCUUCUGAUAGAAAACCUGCUAUGCUCUAGCUGGAUGCAUGCAUAUCAAGGCCGUUAACGCAUAUUCUAAAGCGAGCAUCACCAUCGGCAUUUCACAUCUUGGCAUAGUGGAACGUAUAGCCCGCCUUGGCAAUAAGCUCUAUUCACAUCCCUCUCAAAGUUUUUGAGUUGUAGUUAGUUUUUUGUCUGAUAUUAUACAUAUCCAAUAGUUGAUAGGCAUAGACAAGUUAUGCUCAUAAUAUUUUGAUAUUGCACCCUUUUGGUCUCAACUAAACUUUAUUUGGAUUCAAUCAGGUCAUGCAGUGGAUUAGGAGAAUAUGGUAGAUGGAUCUAGUAAGUAGCUAGCAGCUAUUAGCUAGGUUUUAUAUUGUUUUGUAGUAAUUAUUAUGUGAGAGAAAGACUUUAAAAGUCCAUAAUGUGGGAUAUUUCUACCGUA